GCUCGCGCGAACACACAACAAACAGCGCCUUUCUCCGCCCACAUCAUUAAGCUGUAUUACACUCGCCGGAUCACGUCUGAGUCGGAAUUAUUUCGACUUAAAAAUACAUAUAGUAAUGUUUUUGAAUGUAUAAAAAGCCUGAAUCCUUUUUUUUCCUCAUCAGGACUUGUUUUAUUCACAUAACCGUGCGUGGGACUUACAGAGGAAGAGGAGUGCACAGCUAACGCUGCUAGCCGCUUUAUUAAUAUAUUAUUUUUCAUAACUGAGAGGCGGGGAUUCCAAAGCCGUCAAAAAAUCGACUUUUGGAUGCAUUCAAUUAACAACAGCGUUUCAUUUCAUAGUCGCCCUAACUCAGGACUUCUAUUUUCCGUAGACAACAGCAAGAAGCUACCGGGGAAAUACAUGGAUUACCUGUGUUUCAGGACGUUCUGCUGUAAAGGACCUCCCCCUCCCAGACCAGAAUAUGACGUGGUUUGCAUCGGUCUGACGGGUUCUGGGAAGACCAGCCUGCUCUCCAGACUUUGCAGUGAGGCAACAGACAACAUUGUCCCCACCACAGGUUUUAGCAUUAAAGCUGUCCCGUUCCAGAAUGCCAUUUUAAAUGUCAAGGAACUCGGAGGAGCGGACUCAAUUAAAAAGUACUGGAGCCGGUACUACCAGGGCUCUCAGGGGGUGGUGUUUGUUUUGGACAGCGCUUCGUCGGAGGAGGAUCUGGAGGUGGCGCGUACGGAGCUUCACUCGGCCCUGCAGCAUCCGCAGCUCUGCACGCUUCCCUUCCUCAUUCUGGCCAACCACCAGGACAAACCCGCUGCCCGCUCUGUACAAGAGAUAAAGAAAUAUUUUGAGCUGGAACCUCUGGCACGAGGCAAGAGCUGGAUUCUUGAGGGAAGCACGGUGGACAACAUGGACGUGGUAAAGGAGAGCUUUGGUCAGCUCAUUCAUCUGCUGGAGGAGAAGGACCAGGACGCAGGCAGGAUAUGACCCAGGGACGACAUCCCAGCAUCCCACAGACACUACCCAUCGCCAACUCACCACAGGCCAGCACAUCUCCAGUCACCAGUGGCACGUUGUGUAAACUACGUAGUUACUUUAAGUUACUGUGGUGAAACUAAUUGAGCCAUGGAAAAAUGGACUUUGGUAAAUCCUCACGUAAGGAUGCAUAUCUGCAGAAAAAGAAGGUAUUUCAGCCCUGAAGUUCGAUACCUUCUCUCAAACCCACACGUAUUAACCCAGAACACACGAUUACCAUUGUCAGUAAAAUGGUUAUAUCAGUUCUUUUUAAUACAGACCUAGUUGCACAUUGCUCCUAAAUAGAUGAUUUAAUCACAUGCUUGGUCACGUAGGGCAACUGGAAGUCGUGUAGUCCGUAGUUUGUUUUCUUGAGUGAAUGCGUGAGUGAGAGUUGCCAGUUUGUACUUAAAAGCCUUAAUGUGAGCGAUAAUGUAUUUUUAAAACAAACGUUUCAGUGUGUUCUCUCACAAAUGACAGUCUUUAGAUGUAAUUCAACUUUGCCGUCUUAAAUAUUUGUGGCUGUGAAGUGAAAAGUGGAGUUAUGAGUGAUUCCUGAGUCUUAGAAAAAUAUAAUAAAAUCUUCUCCUGUCAUGUAAUAUCUCUAAACAGCAUGGAGCCGCACUCGAUUGGAGAUUUAGAUAAACGCACAUUUUUGAGUUAAGAUCAUUGAGGACACAAAGGUGUUUUUAUAUCUUGGUCUAGUGUUAUUUCAAAGCUGAACAUAUCCAGGGUUUUGCUCAUCUAUCUCUUUAUCUUGGAUGGUAAUGGUUGACAAAGCCCUACUGAAAAAUAUAACACCGGUUUGACUUUUCACCACAGACACUGAAAUCGCAAUCAGUCCCUGUAGGUGAACAAUGACAGAGCCUUCGAUUUUGAACGCAUGAUGUAUUGACCAUGUGCUUGUUUGGAUAUCGCAUUAUUUGUUUGUGAAUCUUUUUGUAUUUCUGUUGGCCCUGAAUGUAAAACACUCUCUUUGCAUAAGCACGCCUCCUCUAGUCUCGAAGUUCCCAGACACGUGAACAGAGGAAACUAACGCAAGAGCCACCAAACCAGUCAUGUGCCACAUCAGCCACACUUCCAAAAGCAGGUAUCCUUUGAAAAACACCUCGAAUGCAUAGUCAUCGUCAAACUCGGCCAUCACCUUGUGUUUUAUUUAUAUUUACUACAAUUUUAUACCCUCCAAACCAGUUCAGCUGCCUUUUUGUAAUAUAUUCAAAUAUUUGUACAUUUGUUACAGAUUAGUCUCUGGAAAGGACAUCUUUGUACUGGAAAGAAAGAAAGAAAAAAAAAAAGUCUAGGUGGGCUUUUAGCAGUUUACCAAGGUGGCAUCAAGUCAUUCACAUGUUUGACAGUGUUUAUGUGUAUUUAUGCAUCAUUUCCACUGAGCAACAUGGAAAAUAAAGGCAGAAGAAGGACAAA